CCAACAUCUCUCCUUCCUCUUAAUUCCUUCUAGUUUGUUGUAUGCCAACAAUAGCAAACCUCACUAUUUCUACUUCCUCUGUUUCUCUCUCUGUUUUUUAUUUCUCUCUAUAACACAAAACAGAACCAUGUUUGGUUUCUGCCACCAACAACUACUAUAGGUAGUGAAAAAAAUAUUUACCUCCUUGUUUUGGAAUUCUGAACUUGUGGGGUUUAGGAUUGAGAAGCUCCACCUCUCAUGGGUGGUGACAGUUGGAAUCUUUGUUGUUCAUGGAGGAGUACUUCAAGUUCAAGGACAAGUUCAGGGCCAUUUUCAUCCAUGAAGCUCUUGCUUUUCAUGUUGCCUCUGGUACUUGUUGCUGGGCUAAUUUGUGUAAAGGGUCCUAACCCCUCAAGUUGGUUUGCUACUACCAACCAACCUCUCUUAUUAAACUCUGUUACUCCCUCUGCUUCAAACAGUGGUGGUGGUGGUGAUGGUGGUGGUGGUGGUGUCACUGGUGUGAGCACUGUGGAAUUGGAGGUCCCACCUGUGAAACAGAAAGAAGGGUUAGUGAUGGAAGAUGUUGUGGAUCUUCAAGGGAAAGAGGAGAAAACUAUCCCUGAUGAUAACACUGCCUUCAAUCAGUCCUUUACUUCCCCAGUUUCAGUUCAGGAUCAUGACAUAGCAGUAACACCUCCUGAUCAACCUUCUUUCAAAGAUGUAGAAGGUCUCAAUGUCUCCCAAAAUUGGACCAAUAUAGCCCCUGUGAAUGAAUCUUAUGCUCCUUCAGGGAGACCAAAGCAGCCGAGGAAGUACAACAUCUUAGAUAGAACCGAAGUUGGCCUACUACAAGCUAGAGCUGCAAUAAGAGAAGCAAGAAAUGGGAACCAAACACAAGACAUGGAUUAUGUUCCAGCAGGACCAAUGUACUAUAAAGCUAAUGCAUUUCACAGGAGUUACUUAGAGAUGGAGAAACAGUUCAAGGUAUUUGUCUAUGAAGAAGGGGAUGCACCAAUUUUCCAUAAUGGACCUUGCAGAAGCAUAUAUUCAACAGAGGGAAAUUUCAUCAAUGCUAUUGACAUGAAUGACCAUUUCAGAACAAGAGACCCUGAAAAAGCACACGUAUUUUUCCUUCCUUUCAGUAUAACAAAUAUGGUCCGAUAUCUCUAUGUACCUGAUUCUCAUGAUCGUAGCCCCAUACAAGAAACUGUGAAGGACUAUGUCAAUCUCAUUGCUCAAAGAUACCCCUUUUGGAACAGAAGCCUAGGAGCUGAUCACUUCAUGCUUUCUUGCCAUGAUUGGGGACCUAUGGCUUCACAGGCUGUUCCUAACUUGUACAAGAAUUCAAUUCGUGUUCUCUGCAAUGCUAACACGUCGGAAGGAUUCAAGCCUGGAAAGGAUGCUUCUUUUCCAGAAAUUAAUCUUCGAACCAGUUCAAUUGAUGAUUUGGUAGGUGGGCCAUCUCCAUCAAAGCGUUCAGUUUUGGCUUUCUUUGCUGGGAGGCUUCAUGGACCUAUUAGACCUCCUCUUCUUGAGCAUUGGGAAAACAAAGAUGGAGAUAUGCAGGUUUAUAGUUCCCUUCCAAAGGGUGUGUCCUACUAUGACAUGUUGAGGAAGAGCAAGUUCUGCCUUUGCCCAAGUGGGUAUGAGGUUGCAAGCCCCAGAGUGGUGGAAGCAAUCUACACUGGUUGUGUUCCAGUGCUCAUUUCAGAACAUUAUGUUCCUCCAUUCAGUGAUGUGUUGAAUUGGAAAUCAUUCUCCCUUGAGGUCUCGGUGAAGGACAUUCCUAGAUUGAAGGAAAUUCUAUUGAGUGUUAAUACAAGGCAAUAUAUAAGAAUGCAGAGAAGGGUGGGACAGAUUAGGAGGCACUUUGAAAUACAUUCUCCUCCCAAGCGAUUUGAUGUGUUUCAUAUGGUCCUUCAUUCCGUGUGGCUUAGAAGAUUGAACUUCAGAGUCCAUGAUGAUCAAUAACAUAGAUUAUAAUUGCCAAAAUAAGAUGGUGUGAUUCUUUUUCCAGUCCUUCAUAAAAUUGUUGAGAACAACAAUCAACACAAUUGCCUGAAGCAAAAUAAUAUUUUAAUAAUGAAUGUUUCACUUUCCUUUUGAUUA